AUGACGGUGACAAUGACGGCGGCCGUCAUCCGCUACAUGUUGGCUCGAGAUCGAGGUUGCGAGGGAUCAUCGCGACCCCGGCUCAGGUCACUGGGGAUCACGCCCGGAGCAGCGGGGGCAGCGACAGCAGCCGACACCCCAGUGAACCCCACCAGGAGCCUCAACAGCAAGAAGGACAAUGAUCCCGACGGUGGCUCCGGACAGCAGAAGGUCGGUGGAGACCAACGACGGCGACAGACAGACCCAGAGCGAUGGGCCCGACGGACUAUCGGCGAGUGGAUGAAUCUGGAUCGCUGCGAUCUACGCCUGGACUGGAACAGAGCGGAAUCGGCCAACGCGAGGGACGCUCGCUACUUGGGCAAGCCCUUCUACGGAGAACACGACACGACGCACCCGCUGUCGAGGCAUGCCAACCAGUACAAGGUGAACGACAAGCGCAUCGAGUGCGAGCUGGUCAUGCUGUAUGUGCCGAAGCACGGGGCUACGGGCAAGCGCCGACAGACGGGGCCGUUGGGACCGACAGUGGGGAAGCUCAAGACCGAGGAAAUCACCAAGGAGCGGAUCACCAAGGAGAAAGCGACAUCCGAGAAGGAGAGCAGGGUCAAGGUCGAGGAGGUGUCCUCGGAGGACUCGUUCGUAAAGGCUGGGCAAUCCGACGAGGAGGAGACGCCGUGCCCGGACGCGGACCCGAGGGCCAGAGCCGACGCGCUGGGCCAGCAGAUCACCAAACACGAUGCCGACGUCCCCAACGGGGGCAACGACGUCACCGCCUUCGGGGCUGACGUCGAGUGCCACAAGGAGGAGAUCAACAUGAAGUACUACCGCUGGUUACUGGAGCAGGUAACUGAGGCAGGGCUCGCAAGGGAUCUGCGCGCGAAGAAGCUGAUGGAGUUCUGCGCGGAGGAAGACAGCCAGCUCGGGAAGAUCGCUGAGGAACGCAAGGACGCAAAGAUCAUCAGAAUCACCCGGAAGGACGCGGACCUCAGCACCAAGGACGGAUUGGAGCUGGCCAAGAAUAUCGCGACACAGAACCCUGGAGCGGACAUCUUGGGAAGCCUACCAUGCACAGCAGUCAGCGCACUACGCAACGGACACAUCGGCAGACAGGACAGCCAGUGCUGGAGGAAGCUCGAAGCACGAAAGAGGAACCUCAAGAAUAUCGUGAAUCACUUCAUGCAGGUGAGCAGGAUCGUCAAGAUCAACGGAGGAGACGUGCACUUCGAGAUGCCACGCAACUGCCAUGGAUGGAGGUACUUUCCGGAGCGGACGGAGUUCUCUGAGGAGAUGGGCAUGGAAAAGGUGAAUUUCGACGCAUGCAAGGUCGGCGUAGUCAACGCCAAGGGCGAGCCGAUCCACAAGCCAUGGGCGCUGUGGACCAGCAGGAAGAAGCUUGCGACGGUGCUGAGUGGAAAGCGACGCCCAGACCCCGGAGGACACGGACAUGCUGAUCGUUGUGGGAAGGACGCGUUUUUGUCAGGAAGAUACUCAGCUAGGAUGGCGAGGACCAUCUGGCGGAACAUCGGUGGGCCGCCGGAGAUGCUGGGCAUGAUUGAGGAGUUGAAGCAGGGAGAGGUCUGGACCAGCGAAAAGAAGGAUAUGUUCGAAAACGAGAAGGAGAUGGAGUUGACGAGUGACGAGCAACAGCAAUGGGAUGGACUGCCGACGCUGAAGCAGAACGAGCUAAUGAAAGCAGCCAUGCGACUACACCGCAACACCGGACAUCGACCACCGAGGGUGCUGAUUCGGAUGCUGAGGAGACGCGGAGCUUCAGCGACGACAAUAGCAGCAGUGAAGAAGAUCAAGUGCAGCUCGUGCAUCCAGAACCAAGUCCAGAGACCUCGACCAGCAGCAGUAUUGGAACCGGCCAGAGAUCCCUGGCAGGCGGCGGGCAUCGACGUGAAGGAAGCGAGCAAGCUGACGCUGGCCAUCAAGAUCUCCUCAGUGCCCGCCCAGGAGAGCUAUUGGAGGCAUUCCGCGGACAUUGGACAAGACAGAUGCGGCAUGCCGAGUGUACUUCGUAUCGAUCCUGAAGGAGCGUUCGUUCCACGCGAGCUCUUUGACAACAUCGCUGGAGAAGGAGUCCAGGCACACUGGCAGAACGGGAUCAGGACGGUGUUCGAGUGCGCCAAGGCCAUGCAUCGGGACCACGAGACCGACCUAGAGGCAGCAGUGCAUGCAGCAGUGGAGGCUCACAACGCGGUCGAGAGAGUUGACGGCUACAGUCCAAGCCAAUGGGCAUUCGGACGGGACAAGAACUGGUCCGGAACGCUGAGGAAGGAGGACCACCUGGACAUCGUGAAGUGCACCAACAAGAGCUACAUGGAGAACCUGUCCGAGCGGGCGCUGCCCUCCAAGAUCAUUGGCGAGCGGAUACUCAAAUAG